AUGCGACAAACAUCAGGUUAUCGGCAGGAAACCGACGACUACAUUUUUUCCGACCGGAAGUAUAUAUGCAAGAGCUGCCCCCUGGCGAGAGGGACCACGAGCUGGCAAGCACAUUGUCGAAGGAAGGCACACCAGAUCAACGCUCAACAGCGGGCAGAAAUACGGCGAGCGGCCGCCGACCAAGCGAGGACGACAGAACAAGGGCCAGACGCUUUGUGGGCGGCCCAAGAGCCAGACCCUUUGUGGGCGGCCCAAGAGCCAGACCCUUUCCCAAACAGGCAAUCUCCCGCUCCAUACUAUCCGCAAGAUAACUGGGAAGACCAUCUCGUUUGGGACCGCAUCAAGGGUAUAUGCAACCUCGACCCCCCCACCGCGCCCAACUCCAAUACAUGCACUCUGGUUGACGAUUUGGUUGAAGCCGAGACUGAGGAAGCUGGUUGCUAUGCCCACUAUGUCCCCUAUGCCCCACCUGAGCCAGCUCCCCCGCGCGAAUGGGACGAUACAUCUGUUGCAGCACCUCAGGACAUGAACGGGGCACAUCCAGCAGUUGAGGUUCCUAUCCGCCGGACCAAUGUGUGA